AUGUCAGCAACUCCGCUGCCAGCAACCAACGGCCAGGCCCACGCGCCGGGUUCCCAAAACACCACAUCAACCGAAACCCUGGCGAAUCCUGCACCUACUGUUAAUCGCAAGAAACAGAAGCGCCGACAGAAACAAGCUGCCCGCUUAGCUGCGGAACACCCCGAAGCUUACGCCUCUGGAAACGCAGAUUUGCCAGCAGUAGAUGAGCAGCGCUCCUACGACGAUGACCACGAUUCCGAUCACGAAGAUCCCCACCACGUAUCCGCCGCUUCUCAUUACGGACAUCCCUCAUCGCACCACCCCCGCGGCCCGCCCACGAUGAACGGACCCCACGACCACCAUGCUGCCUCGGGCGAGAUAUCGAAAAGGAAGAAGAAUAGGAAAAGCCGAUCUGAUUCUCAAAAUUUCGGCGAUGGCAGCUCAACCCCACUCUCUACUCCGUCUGCUACGUUCUCGCAUCCUCCGCCGCCCCCGCAAACCUUGCCAUAUAUCAACCGUUUCACUGGAAAACCUAUGAAAACCAGCAGUAUCUGGAAUCAAUCAUCUCUGGAAGAGCGCGAAAACAUAAGGACUUUCUGGUUUGAACUUGGCGAGGAAGAACGACGGCAACUUGUUAAAGUGGAAAAGGAUGCUGUUCUUAAAAAAAUGAAAGAGCAGCAAAAGCACUCUUGCAGUUGCACGGUUUGUGGGAGAAAACGAACUGCGAUUGAAGAAGAGCUCGAGGUCCUAUACGACGCUUACUACGAGGAGCUCGAACAAUAUGCGAAUAAUAACCAAGGCGCAUUUGAAGAAGGAGCUCCCAUUAUUCCUCCUCCUCGAUUGUACCAACCGCCACUCCGACCACGAGGGCAGCACACACGCACGCAUGGCCAAUAUCAUCCGUCUCGGAACCGUGUACAAGAACUGCCUGAAGAAGGAGAAGAGCUAGAAGAAGAUUACGAUGAGGAAGAGGAAGAGGAAGAAGACGAAGAUGACGAGGAGGAGGAUGAUGAUGAGGAGCUUUACAGUGAUGAAGACCUCGAGGACGAUGAAGCCCGAGCAGCCCGAGCAGACUUCUUUGCGUUUGGUAACAGCCUCACUGUAAAAGAUGGCAUACUCACCGUUGCAGAUGAUCUCUUGAAAAAUGACGGCAAGCAUUUCAUUGAUAUGAUGGAACAAUUAGCAGAGCGGAGAAUGCAGAGAGAAGAAGAUACUCAGUAUGGAAUAGCUGCUGCCCAUCAAUCGUUCCAUAGGCAUAAUCAUGGCCCUUUGGACGAUGAGGAUUACGAUGACGAGGAAGAAGAUGAAGAUUACGAUAGUCAAGAGGAAGAAGAAUUCGAUGAGGAUGAGAUGGAUGCUAUGACGGAAGAACAGCGCAUGCAGGAAGGACGGCGGAUGUUCCAGAUAUUUGCUGCCCGAAUGUUUGAGCAACGAGUCAUGACGGCAUAUCGAGAGAAAGUUGCCGAACAGCGUCAGAAGCAGCUCAUUGAUGAACUCCUCCAAGAAGAGACGUUGAAUGAGCAACGGAAUGCCAAAAAAGCAAGGGAAGCGCAAAAGAAGAAGGACAAGAAGCGAUUGCAACGACAAGCCAAGGAGGAGGAAAAGGCCCGCCGGGACGCCGAGAAGGCUGCGGAAGAGGCUACUGCCAGGGCUGCACAGGAGAAAAAAUCAGAGGAACAGCGGCUGAAGCGUGAAGAACAGCGGAAGAAGCGCGAGGCCGAGAAGAAGGCGCAAGAAGAAGAUCGUGCUCGCAAAGAAGCGGAGAAGCAACGCCGACUCAAAGAAGAACGAGAACGACAAGCCGAAGCCGAACGCAAGCAACGGGAGCAAAAGGAAGAAAAGAAAAAGCGAGAAGAGGCCAAACGCAAGGAGAAGGAAGAUCGUGAGGCCCGGGAGAAGAAAGCCAAGGAGGAACUCGAGCGCAAGACGAGGGAAGAACAGGCGCAGAAAGACCGAGACACAGCGCGCGAGCAAGAAAUUCGAGAUCGUAGUGGCAGGCGCGAACACACCAAAACAACACCACCUCACACCUUGCCCGGCGUCAUCCCAUACACCUUUCAAUCCCAAGCUCCUCCUGGUUUCGUGCAAUCACCGCAUCAUACGAUAGCAACACCCGUCAUUCCUAAAGUCUCUACUCCCGGAAGACCUCGUCAACCCUCCUAUCAUGGCUCUUCUACAUCUUCCCCUCACUCGCAACCUAACAGCGCCGAUUCCUCCCACCACCCUUCCAUUUCCCCGCGCUCCAUGGGCCACCCGCAGUCAGGGGCAGUCUUUGGAGCCAGGCAAGGCUAUCAACAACCUCCGUUGCAUCACCCUCAGCCUUCCGCCCCUCUUUCACCUCUUGGACGAACGAAUCCUCCAGGUUUCUCAGGCCUCGGCGGUCUUCCAUUCAACCCCCCUGGCAUACCAGGAAUGGCCCCGCGCUCGACUCUCCCACCAGAAUCAAUGUAUUCGAACAAUGGGGGGUUGAUGAAUUCUUUGCGAUCAUUCAACGGAUCCGGUGGAAUUGCUGCGCCGCCUGGUAUGAAUGGUGUUCGCCCUAUCCCGCCGGGUCGUGCAUUUCCACCAGAUCCUGGACACGGUCUUGCGUUUGCCGGCAACCACGGAGUGCCUGGUGCAUUCCCUCUGCAGCAAACAGGCCUGUCUAAGGCACACACCAGACAACCUUCGACUUCGUUCGACCGCUCUCCGUUGGAAUCGGGCACUCAGCCAUUCCCCAUCACAAGACCAAGCCCUAUCAAGCGCCCAUCCAGCUCAGCCCAUGACGGACAGGGUAAUGGCAAUCCUUCGGUGCAGCGAGAGGUAGAUGGCUUGAGUGCUCAUCUUGGUAGUAGUGCGCUCCUUGAUGACACUGAUGCAACAUAUCCAUCAAAUCUGUCUCAGUCAUUGCCUGGUGCCCCCGCGCCUGGACCCUUCCCAGGGCCGACAAGAGCUAGCUUUCAAGGAGGAUCGUUGUUUGCGGACCCUCUGGGAUCCCCGCAGGCCAAUCUCGCCGUUAGUUCCCCGAUGAGCAACAACACAUGGGGCACGCCAUUCGGAAAUUCCGCGUUCACCGGUACCUCCUCCACUUGGGGGCCUGCCCCGAUUGGGACUGGCGGUUGGCCUCAAAAUAACGCAUUCGCAGCCAGCAGCCUUCACCGGCCGCACACCUCGCGACCCGUUAUGAUCCGCCUGUUUGUCAUACAAGCCUGCAAGCAACUAAACUCAAUGGCGAGUCCACACAAAGGUGGAGGCUAUCACGAUGUGAACAUUGUCCUUGCCCUGGUAGAUCAGCAGCGCAACUCGAAGGAUCCCUCGAUAUCGCUGGAUGAGAUGCUCGAUAUCUGUGACACAGAAGGCAGCCCCCAAAAUGGCGGGGGCUCUUUCUCAAUCAAGGAAGGCCCUGAAGGCAAGUCUGUCCGGUUCGAGCCCGAUCCCAACAGUGCAGUUUCCGGUCAUAGGGGCAGCAUCGUCCCCGGCGAUAUUGGCAGUCCGGUCCCUAGCAACAGCCACCCCGCUACCUUCGGGUUUAGCCAUCCUUCCGGGUUGCGAAAGUUCUCAUCGCCUCCGACUGGGCUAUUUGGCGGGGCUCCUUUGUCUUGA